AUGAGCCAGAUGUAUGACGACCAGUACUAUGCUGCUUCGCGACGUCGUUCUGUUGCCACACCUCCUCCAUCCCACUCACCACGCCACAGCCGAACUCGCAGCCACAGUGUUCGAGUGAGCAACGGUACAGCCAGCACCAAUACCAGCUUUUCCAGUGGACGCAUGUCUGAAGCAACCAACAUCACUCAGCCGCCAUCCUAUUCAAAAAAAUUCGUUGUGGUCGGAGAUGGCGGCUGUGGAAAAACUUGCUUGUUGAUUAGCUAUUCGCAAGGCUACUUUCCUGAGAAAUACGUCCCCACAGUGUUUGAAAACUACAUUACUCAGACUAUUCACCGAUCAUCCGGGAAGACAGUUGAGCUGGCCCUUUGGGAUACAGCUGGGCAGGAAGAAUAUGAUCGUUUGCGCCCGCUGUCCUACCCAGAGACGGAUCUUUUGUUUGUGUGCUUUGCUAUCGAUUGUCCAGCAUCUUUGGAAAAUGUCAUGGAUAAGUGGUAUCCCGAGGUUCUGCAUUUUUGCCCCACAACCCCUAUCAUCCUGGUUGGCCUGAAGUCAGAUCUCCGCAACAAGCGCACAUGCAUUGAGCUCCUCAAGACACAAGGCUUAACGCCCAUUACCCCAGAGCAGGGACAAGCUGUCGCCUACCGGAUGGGAGCUAGCUAUGUCGAGUGCAGCAGUAAGGAGAUGCACGGCGUGGAUGAUGUUUUCGCUCAAGCAGUCGACACAGUCGUGACAACCGAAGAUGAAGGCUGGAAGACUCAAAAACAAUCAAAUAACCGCACCAGUGCCAAGCCUUCCAGUAGCGGGAGACCUGGCAAGAAGAUCAAGAAACGAUCCUGCAAGAUCCUGUAA